CCUGGCGGGCGGGGGGGAGGAGGAGGUGGCGGUGGUGAGGAGGAGGGCGGCACGGAGCCACGGCCGUGCGCCCCUGCCAGGGACCCCGCGUGCUGUGGCGGCGGUGGGCGCGCAGCCAGACCCCCGUGGGCCGCGGUGCGGGCGGGCUGAGGGCCACUCGCCGCCGCCUCGGGCUCUCGCAACACCAGGAGCCGCGCCGUCCGCGCCGCUGCCGGGACUCCUUCCCCAGGCAGAGACGGGGAGAAUGACGGAGCUCCAGUCCGCCUUGCUAUUGCGGAGACAACUAGCAGAGCUCAACAAAAAUCCAGUGGAAGGCUUUUCAGCGGGCUUAAUAGAUGACAAUGAUCUUUAUCGAUGGGAAGUCCUUAUUAUUGGUCCUCCAGAUACACUCUAUGAAGGUGGUGUGUUCAAGGCUCAUCUUACUUUUCCAAAAGACUACCCGCUGAGGCCGCCAAAAAUGAAAUUCAUCACCGAAAUCUGGCACCCGAACGUUGACAAGAACGGUGAUGUCUGCAUUUCAAUUCUUCAUGAGCCUGGAGAAGACAAAUAUGGGUAUGAAAAACCUGAGGAACGCUGGCUGCCCAUUCACACAGUGGAAACUAUCAUGAUUAGUGUCAUUUCCAUGCUGGCAGAUCCCAAUGGUGAUUCUCCUGCCAAUGUGGAUGCAGCGAAAGAAUGGAGAGAAGACAGAAAUGGAGAAUUCAAAAGGAAAGUUGCCCGCUGUGUAAGGAAAAGCCAAGAAACUGCUUUUGAGUGACACUUAUUCAGCAGCUAGUAGCUUCACUUUUUUCAGGGUCUCCAGUUGAGAAACAUGGCACUGUUUUUUUCCUGCACUCUACCCACCUAUUGCUGGACUUCUGUUGUUACAAGUUGGCAAACACUGGCUGGAACUGGGCUGCAAUAAAACAUGCCAGUUAUCAAUGCUGACAAGAGCCUAACAAGUGCCAACACGAGAUGAUUACGCAUUUUGAAAUCUAAUAAAAACUGCUUUAACCUUCA